GCAAAGUCUAUCCCGAUCGUCCCCGUCGAGGCCUUUUUUCACAGGGCAGGGGGAGGGCAUGAGGGAUUUAUAUAGCAGGGGAUGAGCUCAACGAUUGCUCACAUCCAGCCUUGAGAGAUUUGAUGGAGGUGCUAGGAUAUCAAUAGACCUCACAUUUGAACCAAAACCAAGCCUACCAAGAUGGCCAAAGAUUUAUUCUCCAUCUCCAUCUUCUUCAUCAUCUUCCGAGAGACGAUCGAAGCGGCCAUCAUCGUCUCGGUGCUUCUGUCCUUUGUGGAACAGUUGAUGAGCUCUGGCCAGCUCGCACCUCGAUCAGGACCCGCAAUCGAAGGCAACGAGGAAGAUGGCGAGACCGUGCGCGUCAAGCGGAUCAUUAGGCGAAUGCGAAUCCAGAUCUGGGCUGGUGCCGCAACCGGGCUGUUUAUUGCUCUUUGUAUCGGUGGUGCCUUCAUCGCUGUCUUUUAUACCAAGCUGAGCGAUCUCUGGGCCAAGAGUGAACAACUCUGGGAAGGAAUCUUCAGUAUCAUCGCCGCCGUCCUCAUCUACGUCAUGGGUCUCGCCUUUCUCAAGAUGGACCGAUCCCGUGUCAAGUGGAGGAUCAAGCUCGCCCAGGCUUUCGACAACAAGGUCUCGUCCACCGGGCUGUUGGAGGAUGAGAAGCCUGAAGAGGCUGCCCGGGCUAGGAAGGAGGCCAGGAACGGGAAGUGGGCGUUGUUCCUGUUGCCGUUCAUCACCGUGCUACGAGAGGGUGUCGAGGCGGUCGUCUUUGUCGGCGGAGUAUCACUUGGUCAAUCCGGUACUUCCAUCCCCAUCGCAACCAUUGUCGGACUUAUUGCCGGUGCUGUCGUCGGUUAUCUGAUUUACCGAACUGGUUCUACCUUUGCCUUGCACUGGUUCUUGGUCGUCUCGACUUGUUUCCUCUUUUUGAUCGGUGCCGGUCUUAUGUCCAAGGCGGUUUGGUUCUUGCAAUACUACCGAUUUGCGAAGAAGGUUGGAGGUGAUGUCGCCGAGACCGGUAACGGACCCGGAUCUUACCAGGUCCAGGGCAACGUCUGGCAUUUGACCUACGGCAACCCGGAACCUGGCGCGAUCGGUUCCAACGGUUUCACCCAGCUUGCCAACGCCAUUGUCGGUUGGAACAACGAUGCUAACCUCGGUAGCAUCUUAUCCUACGUCUUCUACUGGAUCGCCGUCAUGGGCGGACUUUACUACAACAAGUGGUCCGAGGGUCGAUGCACCUUCUUCGGCCGAGGUUCGGCGGCGUACAACAGGCGUAUGGAGAGGCGAGCAGAAAAGGCGCAGAUGCCUAGUCGACAGCUUUCGCCCGAAGGUUCUGGUAGCGAGGCUGGUAGUCACGGGAAGCAGGCUCCGCUCGAUGAGAUCUCGGCAGCUCCUCUGCUAUUGAGGGAUAACAGGACCGAGUCCUAUUCUGCCGACGACAAGUUUGACAAGACCAUUUAGAGGUGGUUUCGGAAAAGAAGCACAUGUGCUGUGUGUCUUACUAUAUCAGACUGUCAUCCCAUGCCAAUUAAAAGAAUAAUACGAGACAACUUGCAACU